CGGAAUCCUGGGAUGGGUCUUCCUCCAUUGCAGCCUCUCACUCGAGUUUAGAAGAGUGAGCGGGCUCUAGCGUUUUGGGGGCCUCCGGGGAGUAGCAAAAUCCAACUUAAUUAUUGUGGAUCCACAACAGUUGGCGUGUGCCGAUGGUAUCCGGAUACCCGGACGGUUUAAAACGUGACGCCAGCUGUAUUACAGCCGACAAGGUAACUGGAAGUGAGGAUUUAAAAAGAUGCUGGGCUCUGACAGAGGGGUUGUGGAGGAUUGGCUCUCCCAAUUCAAGACUCUCCCUGAAACUCAGAUAUCCACUUAUGCAGCAACCCUCCACCAGAACAAUACUAUUGUGCCAGCUUUGUACAAGGUCAUCCAGGACCCCAACAAUGAGUUACUGGAACCUGUCUGUCAUCAGCUGUUUGAGUUGUAUCGGAGCUCUGAGGUGAAACUGAAGAGGUUUACGCUACAAUUUUUGCCUGAACUGAUCUGGGGAUAUUUGCGCAUCACAUCAAGCAGAGAGAGACAUUGCAAUGGCUGCAUUGAAGCUUUGCUACUCGGUAUCUACAAUCUGGAGAUAGUAGAUAGAGAUGGAAACAAUAAGGUCCUGUCCUUCACAAUCCCGUCACUGUCCAAGCCAUCAGUAUAUCAUGAGCCUUCAAGCAUAGGCUCAAUGGCCCUGACUGAAGGAGCACUUAGCCAGCACGACCUAAUCCGAGUGGUGUAUAGUGACCUCCACCCACAGAGGGAGAACUUCACAGCACAGAACAGGUUUGAAGUGCUAAGUUUCCUUAUGUUAUGCUAUAAUUCUGCAGUGGUCUGCAUGCCUAAAUCUUCCUACCGCUCCCUCUGCAGUGUGUGCUCAAGGUUAUGCAUUACUGGGUUUCCACGACAACGGCAGAAGAUGUGGAGUGAGACUUGUGGUCGGGUAAUGCUGGACCCAGAGUUUAUGGUGCAGAUGUUGACAGCUGUUUAUCAUACCAUAUACAAUGGAGAGUGGGAGUUGGGCCAGGAGGCACUGGAGGACCUCUUGUACAGGGCACAAUUAGAGCUGUACUCUCAGCCACUGUUGGUGGCUAAUGCAAUGAAGAGCUCAUUGCCUUUUGAUGCUCCCGACAUUUCUAAAGUGGGUUGGAGGUGCCUGCAGGUAGAAGUUACACCAACGGUACCCAGGAUAUCCCGCACUGCCAUCACCACAGCAUCCAUACGAAGGCAUCGCUGGAAGAGAGAAAAUUGUGUUGACCUCACAUUUGAUGCUGAGUCAAGCGACCCCACCUCCCUAAUCUGUGACUCGUCUGAAUUGGCCGGAGAGCGCAAGAGGAAUGGGGAGGGGAUGCCAAAGUCCCCCAGGCACAGCCAGCAGGAACCAGCAUCUAUGGCAACGGCAGAGGAUCUGAAUGCUGCAAGCGGAGGAGAGGAGCCCAUGCACAUCACUGAUGCAGACGAGGGAUUCUCAUCGGGGGCGUCUAGUAGCAGCCAGCCAAGUGGGUCCAAGAGUAGCAGUCUGAAGAAAGGCCCCAGCAACUUGUUAGGCCGGGAUAAAGAUCAGGCAGAGGGCAGUCGCAAGCUCCCGGCAGCCCACUCUGCCACUGAUGGCAUGGAGCUGACUCCUGUGAAGAAGCACCUGCUGACUGCGAGUGGUCCGCCGGUAUCGAAGGCAGGAGCUGUUGGCUUGGUGCGGACGGCCAGCACCUCCUCCACCAGAUCCUACGACCGGGUUAACGGGAGCCAGGCCUUGGACGGGAGCUCCAAUCUGGCUGUCAGUAACACCAACAGGUUUUCGACCAUCAGCCUCCAGGAGGAGAGGCUGGGCCAAGGCAGCGAAGCCAAGGAGCUGCUCUCCCCAGGAGCUCCUCUUACCAAACAAUCCCGAUCACCCAGCUUUAACAUGCAGCUCAUUUCCCAGGUAUAGGCAGUCACUGUCACUGCCUUCCUUACACAAUCAAUACUGUCUGGGAAUCCUUUUUAAAUUCCAUUCUGUGGGAGCUGUCCCCCUGCCCCCUCCUUCCCCCAACUUUCCCUGAUUUCAGCUCUAUAUUUUAUUCCAAGUGAUGAUUAUUGUGCAGAAUAAAGAAACUAUUUUGUACUGGAAGAGCAAUAAAGGAGUCUGUAGGAAGUGGGCUGUGGCGUGCUACAUGACCCCACACACAGUCUGCUCCCUACCUCGUAUUCGGGUGAUGUGCAAUCCAUUGGUACCAGUCCAGACUGAGUAUUGGAACUUGUCCAUUUCUCAGACCUUCCAUGGCAGAUGAUUCUCCAAUGUGCCCAGCUUGCGUGCGCUCUCUCUUUUGCAGCCUGGCACUGACUGUCUCUCCCACAGACUGGCCCAUUUCUUCAGAAUACACUUUGCUGCCUUCAAAAAGGCCCAAACAUUCUUUUGCUUGCUCUUAAAGGAAAGAACAAAGUUUAUAUCACCACAAGCAGGGAACAUCACUAGAGGAGCAGUUUUAUAUUGGAGCAGCCCAGUGAACACAUAGCAACUACAGAGCAUUCUGACUGCAGUUUACUGGAGUGACCUCUGAGCAACUUCACUAAACUUCACCUUUAGGGGGGAAAAAAAAGCUUAAAUAUAAAAAGCUGUUUCCUUGUGAUGUUUCAAUCAAUAUUGAAUUGGAAUGCUUAGCUGUGUCCAGUUAACACAUUACCAGCUUAAAACUUAAAGGGUGGCAGUUUCUCAAAGUAGCCAUUUUCUUUUCCCCAUUGGGUCUGUCUCACAAUGGAUUAAUGGUGCACUGAUGGUUGCAGAGUUGAAACACACUAUUGUUCAUAUUGGAGCAUUAAGCAAAGAGUGACCAUGGGGACCAUUUAGCACUUGUAAAAUGGCAUCAGGAAUGUUACCUUCCUUUUAUUCUGAUUUCUACCUUAGUAUUUAUCACUCUGGCUCAGGUGGCCAGAAUGACUGGUCCCUGGAGCGUGACCUCCCAGGAUCAUUAAUCCCUGGACCACAUCAUUCUCCAAUAAACAUCUGUUGUUUAAUGAGUUCAUGUGGUGUGUAACAAUAGGAACCUUGUCGCUAAACUUUUGCACUCACUUUCAGCACUGGUUACUGAUGCCUACCCCUUAACUUUGUAAGGGUGUGUAUAACUGCACUUGUGCAUUUAACUAUGUGUGUGUGUGUGUGUGUCUCCCUGUUUCUACCUGUACAUCCAUGUCAAGUACUGUGGAUGGUUACUGAUGAGUAGUUUUCACAUGUGUACACAGAUAUCUGCACUAAUGCCCAAGGCUUCUUGAGUGAUGAAUCUGGCUCUGUAUUCAACACAAGCCAGGCCUGGGCCUAUGGCAAUAACUUGAGUCAUCAUUAUGGGCUUUAAGCUGAUUCUUAUUAAAAAGACAGUUGUCUUUCUUUGUGGAUGUCUUGAUGCUUUCAGCUGCUUGAUCAGAUCUUGAUCACCACCUAUGAAUAUCACUCCACCUUUUAGACCUGUUUUGUUGGGAAAAGCCACAGUGGAAGCCUGCAUCUGAAAACAUGUUUUCCUUUUUUUUUUAAUCCAACCUUGGAGUACACAAGGAACAGGGUUCCCUGGGAUCAAAAUACCUUCAGACUAGAGUUUAUCUUUUGGGUUGCAGCUAGUCUUUUUUUUAAAAAUAAAAACCCGAGAAGGGUACAUUAAUCUGAUUUUCUGUACAAGCCUGUAGGGACUAUGGUUCAUUCCUGGGUGACUUGUCUUCUUUGUGUCCUGUCUUUUAGAAUGUUCAGCUGCUGAAAUGUGUUACAAAUGUUGGUUGGCCAUCAAGACCGUAGCAGCUCCCAACCUGAGAAGCCAUGUACACUUGCUCCAUGGUCCAAGAUUAGCCUUCCCUCAUAACCUCUCCUCCAGAAUCUGUAUUCCAUCCUCCUCGUAAAGGAAUGUUUGGGAUCCUUUGAAUGUUAAACCUCACUGCCUCUCCCAACUAAUACACUGCCAGGCCAAUUUGUCUGGCCAAGGAGAGCUCUCCCUGAGCAACUGGGAGAUGCUUUCAGUUUGGAGAUCAGAGUCUGGACAUGUGUGGUGGAAUCUCUGCCUCAGGUCUUUGUUUUAAGGAGAUAAAAUUGGAUUUGAUUGGGCUGCAGCCUAACCAUUAUGGGCACUAUUGGAUCAAUUCUUGAUAUGUGUAGUUUAGCUGUAACUGAUAUUGAGGUAUAAAUUCAAAUAAUUGUUUUGCACAUUUUGAUUUUUACAUUCUGCCAUGGGUGGGUGCAUGAUGGGCUGGGAUCAAGCCACCUUUUUAUGUUCCAAUUUCGUUUCACAAGUGACCAAGGUAAUUAGCCAAGUGAUCUUAAUAACCCAGGGCUCAGUCAGCCCUGAUGCAGUUACAGGAGUUUCUACAGCAAGUGUUCCUGUUUGACUGAGCAACAUGUGUUGAAUUUGGGUUUAAUCUUUCUGGAUCCUUUUAAUAAUGCCCAGCUAUCUUGCCACUUAUGGAGCUGAUGGACCUGUAGGAAUCAAACUAUUCUCUACCAAUUUAAACCGCUGUGUUUGUUUGGUCUUCUGUCCUGGUGCUUGUGAACAGAUAUCAAUAAAAGUAUUUAUUUUGCCCAAAGAAUGUUCAGCUGAAGUGAGAGCAAGUCCAGUGAGGGGUGGAUCUGACCAGUGCCUCUAACUUCAGCUACAUGUGGGAGAGGGGAGACUCCUCAUCCCUCCCAGCUGAUGUGAUGAGUGGUUAGACCUGUACUCGUCACUUUUCAGUAGACUAUGUCCAGACUAGAAUGUUCCUGUGAGAUUCUCAAGGGACGAGGAGCUGUACAUGGGUGGGGUUAAAGGAGCAGAAGUAGAAUCUAGUGGAAAUUCGAGUCUUGCUGAUUGGAUUGGUGCAUGUAAAUCUGUCAUUCUUUGAACAAAAAUCUUUUUUUAAAUUAAAAAAUGAGCUUAUACUGUUAAAGUAAGAUGUGAAUGUGAUAUUGUAAAUACCUGUCAGAUUAAAGAUUUUAAAUGUGUAAAUACAGAUGUAUAAACAUUCAGAUCAGUCUGCAAUGCAGAAAAAUUAUCUAUCUGUAAUCUCAUUUCCUGGAAUAAAUACUGUGCUGU